AUGUUAGAGUAGACGUACAGGAUCCUGGAGGUUGGGUAAUGUUAAGCUAAGAUUGUCUUUUGCCCUUAGCAAAGUGUCAUCAAAGCAGCUGAGUGCCUAGAGAAAUGUCACUCUGCCUAUUUCAAGAACUUGUCAAUGGGCUAUCGGCAGUGAGGAAAUUUAACUUUUCAUUUGCCUUUGUUUCCCACAUCAAUUGUACAUUGUGCUUUUCCUUCAUAGUUUUACUACAGUUGGUAAAUAUGUAUUGAUUUGGUUUUCUUCCCCCCACUUAAUUGAGGUGUAACUAGUGUUUGUGUGAUUAUUUAUCAUUUUCUAUAUUGUAAACUCCAGGAGGGCAGAGCCAGUCAGUCUGGGUAUUUGUUGCCCCACCCCCAUCUGUCCUGUUAGAAGAACGGUCUGGCACACAGCAAAUGCUCAAUAAAUAUUUAUUGAGCGAAAUGAAUGAGUGCUUUAAGAGUUUGAGUACCCUCCCCUAUUCUCUAGGAGUAGCUCUGAAUCUCUUCUUAAAAUCUGGGUAAGUGUUGGGGUACCUGGCUGGUCCAGUUGGUAGAGAAUAUGGCUCUUGACCUCAGGGUCAUGAGUUCAAGCCCCAGGUUGGGGGUAGAGCUUACCUUUUUUAAAAACGGGGGAGGGGGGGGGAUCUCCAUGUGUUAUUAAAGUUGGGACUGAGGGCAAGUGCCUGAGGUAUUUCUGUCCACAGAUCCUCUUUAAACGUCACCUACCACUCACCACUCUCUGCCUAUCCAAAUACUCUGCGCUGUCGCCAAUCAGCAUGCAAUCUCCCUAACAAUCAUGGACCAAAUAAAGAGAAGGAUUGUGACAUGGACUCUAAACGUGACCGCAUUUGCGUCUCAAGCCAGGAAUAUGACGCCCACAGCUCAUUGCUCCUUCCAGGCCCGCAGAGUGCACCACUUCCCUCCCCUGCCCAGACCUGGGGGCUCCAACACCCAAAGCCUAGGAGCCCAGGCUCCGGCCAUUCUUCUGACCUGCCGUACAGCAUGGCAGCCCCCAAAGGCGUGGCCCAGGGCACAGAUAAACGUACAACAUGGCCGCCUACAGGGAGCACACCGCACGCCCUCCCGCCCGGCCACCGGAAGUUUCCAUUUGAAAGCCAGGCUGCAGACCGGGUUGCUGGUGCGGCAGUUACUGCGGAGCAGCUUUUGAACCAGAGCGACGAGGGCUGCGAGCAGGAGCUACAGGCGCCUGGGGCCCAGCCUUGCCGCCUCGUUACGAUGACCAGCGUGGUUAAGACAGUGUACACCCUGCAGCCCCCCGCUGUGCAGAGCGGCGGCCUGCCGGCAGACACACAAACUCGAGCCCCUUCUAAGAGCCUCUUACCAGUGAAGUCCAAAGAAGUGGAUGUUUCCAGGCUUCAUUCAGGAGGUGCAGAGAACGAUGUUACAAAAAUCAUCAAACCAAGACGAGAGAACGGGCAGGUGAAAGCUGCAGACACUGCCUUUAGGAGGAACAUCAGAAAAAGCUACAAGCCACUGAGCAAGCAGAAAUCAGAGGAAGAGCUCAAGGAUAAGAACCAGCUCUUAGAGGCCGUCAACAAGCAGCUGCACCAGAAGUUGACUGAAACUCAGGGAGAACUGAAGGACCUGACCCAAAAGGUGGAGCUGCUGGAGAAGUUUCAGGAUAACUGUUUGGCAAUUUUGGAGAGCAAGGGCCUCAACCCAGACAGAUUUUCUGCUGAGCUGAAGAGAAAGCAGACUGAACUUUUGACCAUAUCCAAAACUAGAACAGAGGGAGUUUUAGGCAGUGAGACCCUGGCGUCACGGCAAGAAGCCAGCACAGAUCACAUGGACUCUAUGUUGCUACUGGAAACUUUGCAAGAUGAGCUGAAGCUUUUUAAUGAAACAGCCAAAAAACAGAUGGAGGAGUUACAGGCCUUAAAAGUAAAGUUGAAGAUGAAAGAAGAAGAGCGGGCCCGGUUCCUAGAGCAGCAGACAUUAUGUAACAGUCAAGUGCAUGAUUUUACAACAGCCCUUGAGGAAAUGGAGCAGCUAUUGGAAAUGUGAUAAAAAGCAAGUGACCAGCUGGCUCCCUCUUGGGGUUAAACUCUCAGAGGAAGCCACUUAGGACAUCUGCUUCUUGGCCAUGACCUUCUAGGACUCACCAUCCCCAGAAUGAAAACAGUUUCUGCAGUAGGAUUAAGGACAGUUGAUGCCGGAAUGGCGGUUCCUCCUUAAACAAGUGUUCCCAGCCUUUCAGAUUGGUCGGCUCUCCUGAACUUCACAUGUACAUAACUGAGGCCUACAAAGAGGGGGUGCCUGGAAGCUUGGAUCAACCUUCUACGCAACAAAGCGGCAAGCCAUUAGAAUCAGACCAAAUCAGUCAUAGUCAGAGGAUCCCAAAGGUGACAUUCAGAUGUGUAGGAAGAAAGCCUUAAUUGUACAGCGGAGCACAGAUGCUCCACAGGAGACAUCACUCAGAAGCCAUGCUAGACUUUCUAACUUGGAACACAUUCUGUCUCAUCCCGGUUGGGCUCUAUACCUCAUUGUAAAUCAAUGAACUUGAAGUUACUUAAGAUGGCUUAAUAAAUGGGGGUGAAGGUAUAGAUAGCAAUAACACCUACCUGAAACCGUA